AAAAGUCGAAUGCCUAUCACAGCACAAAACGGAACUCAAAACUGAACUAACAGCAUCACGUGUAAUCAAAUAUGGAAAGUUAAAUCAGUCAUCAGUUUACCGUCCUCUCGAACAGCUCGUUGAUUAAAAUAUUCAAAACGUACGAUUAGUCACCCCUAGAGUAACAUGAAAUCAAUUUGCUUCAUUUUGUGCUGCGGAGUUAUUCUGGGUUGCCAAGGUUACACGGCAAUCUUACUAAACGCUGAAAAUAAGGACUUUCCUGGAGAUUGUUAUGAUCCCCAAACUGAAAUCCAUUUCAAACCUACUGAAGCCCGUCAAAGGCCCGGACUAUGUGAGGAAAUGACAUGUGGAAAGGACCUUUCCAUCAAUUACUACGGAUGUGGUUCAGUACAUGUUUCCAGUCCAGACUGCGUAGAAAUUGAACAGGACCUAAGCCAGUCUUAUCCGGAAUGCUGUAGAAAAUACAAAUGCGUUAUCAAUGGGGAAACCAAUUAUCUGUAAAAGCGCCGUACCUAUCAAGAAUUAAAGAUUUCAAAUGCCCUGGAAUAGUGAUGUCUUGUAUUUUCGUUAGCAGAUACUGAUUGAUUCGUAGAAUAAAUAAAAUGCAUCACAAC